AUGGGGGUGUUAUCCACGUUGUUGAGGGGUCUGGUGAGAGGAGCGGACAGAAUGGCUGAGUUCACCAGCAAGCGUGGAUCAAGGACUCAUAACAAAGGCAGGGGCGCGAGGCCCACUGGGCUGAGGCUGUCCAGCAGGAAGUUUCUGUCCAUACGGACCAUGAUUCCUGAGUUUGUUGUGCCCAGCUUGGAAGGAUUCAAACUUAAGCCCUACGUCUCAUAUCGCUCUCCUCGAGGAGUAGAGCCCCCCCUCACAGCAGAGAGUGUGUUUGCUGAAGUAGUGGCCCCUCAAAUCAAGAAAGACUUUGAAGAAGGGACUUUCAGCAAAGAAAAGCUGGAGAGAUAUGGAUUUAAUCCCAAGCAGGAGGGGAAGCUCUUCAAGCUGUAUCCAAAGAACUAUGUUCGGUAA